UCAUUCUAUUUCACAGGUUCUCAUUAGCUGCAAACUACCUGAAAUUGCAUUGCUUAUAAGUAAUAACGUUAUAAGUAUAAAACAUGGGCACUGUGGUAUAGCAUAACUCCAUUAUGGAAAAGAUUUUAUUUUGAUAAAUCACACAGUGUUGUACAGUAAUAUUAACUGAUUACGUUUCGAGCAUAAACUAUUGCUCAUAAUCAUACCAGGUUGAUAUGAUUAUGAGCAAUAGUUUAUGCUCGAAACGUAAUCAGUUAAUAUUACUGUACAACACUGUGUGAUUUAUCAAAAUAAAAUCUUUUCCAUAAUGGAGUUAUGCUAUACCACAGUGCCCAUGUUUUAUACUUAUAACGUUAUUACUUAUAAGCAAUGCAAUUUCAGGUAGUUUGCAGCUAAUGAGAACCUGUGAAAUAGAAUGAUAUCGUCAUAUACUGCAAACCUGGUCUUUCUUUCUCUAUCGAAAUUCAUCAAGAGAACCAAAUGUAUAACAUUGUAUUAUUAUUAAGUGGCAAGUUCAUGGGUAUUACACAACCAGUAUAAAGAAAGCGAAAUACAUUUACAAGAAUUUUAUAGCAUUAAAGUGACCGGCAUAUAGAGUAUGUAAAGGAUAUGGUUCUUUUAGGUGACGAGACUGGCAAAACGAAGUCUCGAGCAGAAAUUUUGGCACGCUUGAAAUCCAAUUCACCUCCGCUACAUGUAAAAUGAUGCUAGAAGAGCCAUUUGCACUGACUCUUAACUUAAAGAUAAAGUGAAGUAGUUGGUUGAGCUGGUUACAUUUUAUUUUCAGGUGGUGAUGAGAACGUGUGAAAUAGAAUGAUGUCAUUUUAUUCUGCAAAGCUGGUUAUUCUUUCGCUAUCGAAGUAAUAGGAUGCUUGGAUAUUUUAUAACCGUAUGAAAUAUUUCCGUUUUUUAAGGAUUGCGAAUUGGCACACACACACUUCAUGUGAUAUCUUGCUAUCUGUGUAAAUUUAGUUUGUGCAAACCGGAAUUCGGAGCUUAGAUUUGGUUGCGCGAUAUGCCGAAAAAAUUUAUAACUGGUAUUCAAUUUACACGUCAUAUUUAUUAUACUCAUUCAGAGCACACAUUUGUGUGUAAAGGGAGAAAUUGUGGUCGAGCCUUCUUAUCCAAUUCACAUCUUGCUCAUAUGACGACGCAUACUUCUGAUAGACCCUAUCCUUGUCCAGUAGAGGGUUGUUCAUAUGAAGCUCGUACAGCUGGUCGACUUGCUCAACACAAAAUUAUUCAUGGUCAAGGUCGUCGUUUCUCUUGUGAUUACUGCGAGUACAGUGCUACCACAUCUUCCAACCUUCGUCGUCAUGCCCGAAUUCAUGCUGGGGCCAGGCCGUAUUUAUGUCCACAUUGCACCCAUCGCACGAGCGAGUUGGAUGCUUUAAAAAAACAUGUAUUAGACUCCGGAAGACAUCCAGGCUUACCACUAUACGUGUGUCUGUGGUGCAGAUUGGAAUGCAGCACAGUAUGCGUUGGAUUUAAUUCUUCGAAUCUUGCGUGGCAGCAUUUACUCAAUGAACACUCACUUGAGAUUACAAAACCACAGACAUUGAGUCGAAUCGGUCGAUUAUCUGAGAAAUCGCUUUCAGAGCGGGAUGUCACCCGUAUUUUGGGUAUUUAUUGGCCAGAAAGCGAUUCAACUCCACUACCAGAAAAUACCAUUGUUACACAGUCAACUGUCGCGAGCCGUCGUCAAAAUCAAAGAUCAGAAAUAUCUGGACACAAAAUACAUUGCACUGAUCAAGGCACUCUACUCGAACUCAUGCAGCCAGCGCAUUUAAAAUUUGAAGAAAACGCAGAUCAUGACGACUUAUCAGAAUGCAGUCUGAUCCAAAUAGGUUCAGGUGCACUCUGGGCACGUAAUACAACUCAAUAGACUGUACACAGUUUGUAAAUUCGAAUUCUUUUAUCAUCGUUUGAGAUGGUUUUUUGAAAAGCUUGAAAAUAAAACUUGUUAACAAAAUGUAACUUUUUGUAUGAUACUUGUUUAUAA